AUGACUGACACCACACGUCCGUUGGGUGCCAUUACUGUCUGUGGGCCGUCGGGCGUGGGAAAAGGAACACUCCUUGGGCGGCUGAUGAGGACGUAUCCCGACCGCUUCGGUUACUCAGUGUCACACACAACUCGUGCGCCACGUGAGGGGGAAGUGAAUGGGCGCGAGUACCACUUUGUCGACCGUCCCACAAUGGAGAAGUUGCGGGACAGCGGUGAAUUCCUUGAGGUGUGCGAGGUACAUGGUAACCUCUACGGCACCACCGUGAAGGCAGUAAAGGAUGUGCAAGACACCGGCAAUAUAUGCAUCAUUGAGACGGAUGUAAAGGGUGCACAGAAAUUGCGUGAGAGGGCUUCUCAUCUCAACAUGUUGUACAUAUUCUUCAAUGCUCCGUCAAUGGAGGACCUCCGGGAACGCAUUAAGAAGAGAGGAGCAGACAGUGAAGAAGUCUUGCAGCAUCGCCUGGAGACGGCUGAAGAGGAGCUGCAGUUUUUGAAGGAAAACCCAGGGUUCUUCUCGCAUGUUAUCGUCAACAAGGACCUAGAAAAAACGUAUGAGGAACUCCUGAGCAUUGUUAACGCGACAUUGGAGAAACACGACAUGGCGAAGCUGGAAGAUGGUUCAUUAUGCAAGGGCAAGUAA